AUGGCCGGUGUCCAGGGCGUUACUUUCUCAACCAGCGGGCUGCCCCCGCUGUCGGCGAACAAAGAAAAGGGCGGCUUCUGUUGGCAAGACGUGGGGAACGAGGCGGGGUCGACCGACUUCUUUGACCAGUACGUCGAGCUAGGCGAUUCGGACGCCGAGUCUGUCUGCGGGGGGAGUGGCGGCCUCGGCCAGUUCUGCGGCGCUUCUAGCCUGACUGUCUCGCCGCAUAUGUCAUUUGCGCGGAUGAUCAUUCCACCCGGCGGAGCUGCUCAGGGAGCUCACCAGACAGCCGAAGCCGCGCCAAGUCAUUUGUUGCCCGGCACCGCCGUCAACAACACUGCCAGCUCGAGUUCACCUCAACAACAACAACAACAACAACAACAACAACACUUGCACCCUCUCUACCGAAGCGCAUCCGACAUGACCCACCUGGGCAAUACCGAGAUCGAGGGCGCCAGGGCCCACUACAACGGCUUGAGCGAUGCGCCAGGGGGCGGCUCCAUCUCGGACUCGGAGCUGCUGAAGCUCGAGGGCCUGACGAUGCGGUCGCCGCGCAUCCACAUCCCGCAGCUCUCCGCGUCGGAGCCCGCCUCGCCGCCGUCGCAGUCCACCAGCCCACGCAAGGCCGGCCGGCUGGAGUCCUUCUGCAACAAGAUCCGCACCAAGGCGGCGACGCUGCACGGAAAGGCGAAGCAGCCGCCCGACAUGGAAGCGCAGACAGACGACGGCAACGACGCGGCCUUCGUCAACGGCUUUCUCGACGACCCCUUCAUGCGCGACAACCUGCUCCACGGCCAGUUUGUGCCUCCGCUGCAGCUCAACGGCAGCGCCAUGCCACAGACGCCGCUGCAGACGCCGCUGCUGGACGCCUGGCAGCUGCCCAUGUCCGCGCCGAACGGCAAGCCGCUGUGGACAGCCGUCCCCGGCGGCACCUACUUCCAGGCCGUCAACGGGGACGCCGCCAAUACCUGGUGGGACCCCUCCGCCGACGCCAUGGACACAGAUUCCGUCCCGCUGUCCUUCCACGCCGCCGCCAACGCCCGCAACGCGACGCUCAACCUCGCCAUCCAACUGCAGCACCAGCAGAGCUUCGAAUACCCCGCGCCGCCCGGCACCGAGGACAACAACUUCGCCGCCGGCGGUCUGAUGAUCCACAUGCCGCAGCAGCCGCAGGGCAUGCCCUCCGCCGUGACGCACGGCGACCCGAACCACCGGCCGACGCGCGCCGACCAGCACCACCGCCGCCCCAAACCGCGCGCCCCGUCGUCCGGCGCCCGCCACCACCAGUUCGGGCCCGGCGUCUCCCCGCGCAAGGCGCGCACCGCCAGCGGCGGCCGCAGCACCAGCGCCAGCCGGCUCGGGUCGGCGUCGCCGAGCCCCAAGAUCCCCGCGGCCUCGGUGGCCGGCAGCAGCGCCGCCAGCUGCACGGGCCGGCUCCACCGGCGCAGCGCGUCGAUGCAGACGCUGCACCAGGCCGCGCCGUCGUCGGUGGCCCUCGCCCCCGACGCCCAGGCCGCCGCGAUCCGCAAGCGCCGCUCCUGGACCGGCCGCCGCACCUCCUCCUCGUCGCUCCACCACCAGUACCACACCCUGGCCGCAGCCGCCGCCGCCGCG